UUGCAAUCGAAGAGCGAAACAAACGUGUCAGGUAAACAGACCUAAUCAGUUUACUUCAUAGUACGAAGACAUCUCAGAAAGGAGCUGAAAAUUAUGGCACCAAUUUUACUCAACGUUGGCAAUGAAAGUACUGAUUGUCUUGAACAUGGACUGGUACAUGUUAAAAACCCUCACUUAGAUUUCAUGGAGGAGGACAUUCUUUAUCAUUUUAACCUGGGAACUAAAACUCACAAUUUGCCUGCAAUGUUUGGAGAUAUAAAGUUCGUCUGUGUUGGUGGAAGUGCCAAUAGAAUGAAAGCUUUUGCCCAGUUCAUAUACAAGGAGCUGGAGUUAAAGGGAGACUGCAAUGAUAUCGAUGACAUCUGUGCUGGGACAGACAGGUACUCCAUGUACAAAGCUGGGCCUGUGCUUUCCAUAAGUCAUGGAAUGGGGGUUCCUUCCAUCUCUAUAAUGAUGCAUGAACUUAUAAAACUUUUGCACCAUGCCAGAUGUCGGGAUGUGACGCUCAUUCGAAUUGGUACUUCAGGUGGUGUUGGUCUUGAUCCUGGGACUGUUGUAAUUACAGACACAGCAGUGGAUUCUUUCUUCCAGCCUCAGUUUGAACAGGUGGUGCUGGGCAAAGUAAUUGUCAGAAGCACUCAGCUAGAUGAGAACUUGGCUCAGGAGUUACUACAGUGUGGUAAAGAGAUCCCUAACCUGCCUAUUGUUCUUGGAAACACUAUGUGCACCCAUGAUUUUUACGAAGGUCAGGGGCGUUUAGAUGGAGCAUUGUGCUCAUUCUCUACUGAAGAUAAACUGGAAUACCUGAGAAAAGCACACGAGGCUGGUGUAAGAAACAUUGAAAUGGAAUCCACUGUAUUUGCAGCGAUGUGUCGUGUCUGUGGACUGAAAGCCGCCGUUAUUUGUGUGACCUUGCUGGAUCGAUUUAAAGGUGACCAGAUUUCAACGCCACAUGAACUUCUACUUGAAUAUCAACAGCGUCCUCAGUAUCUGGUGUCACAUUUUAUCAAGAAACAUCUUGGGCUUCAUAAUUAAUAUAUAUUUUGCUGCAUAAGUGAUUGUUUACAAUGAUAUGUACAUAAUUGAGUUUUCUGUAAAUAAUAUAUGUGGAUGUUUAAUAUAUAUUCUAUAUUAACUGUAAUAUGUUUCUAUCUGAUGAUGAUUUUACUGUAUGUAUACUUCUGUUUCAAUAAUAAAUAUUCCUGCAGAAUGUGGGGUUUAAUAAACAAAAAUGUUUACAACCAAA